CUCUUUUCUUGCACCCUAUCGUCACCCCUCUCCCUCUCUCUCUCUCACUCAGACAACAAACUAUACACUAUGCAGAGAUCUUUUUCCCUGAUAUUCUGAUCAAGGGCCCUCCCCCUAUAUUAAUAACACUUCAUUUCUCAAACCCAUCCAAAUAAUAGUAGCGUUCGAUAUGUUGGAUGCUGCGCCCCAAUGGCUCCUGGCUCUCUUGUCGGAGAAGUUCUUCAAUUGCUGCAUAAUACACCACCAUGCCAAGAAGAACGACAAGAACAUCUUCUGCUUGGAUUGCUCCCUCGGAAUAUGCCCUCAUUGUCUACCGCUUCAUCCCUCCCACCGCCUCUUGCAGAUAAGAAGGUAUGUGUACCAUGAAGUUAUAAGGAUCGUCGACGCCGAUGAGCUAAUCGAUUGCACUCACAUUCAAACAUACACCAACAAUGGCGCAAAAGUAGUUUUCCUGAAACAGAGGCCGCUGAAUCGGCCGCCGCGAGCCUCCGCCAGAAUCUGCGUCGGCUGCGACAGAAACCUGCCGGAAUCGGCUCUAUUCUGCUCCAUCUCGUGCAAGCUGGAUCAUAUGGUCGAAACCGGUGGCAAACUGUGCAUACAUGUUCCCAACUCGGAGUUUCUCGCUUUGCCUUUGGACGAUGGUCAAAUGACGCCUGACUCGGUUCUCUCGAUGCGGACCGACUCUGGUUCGAGCAGCGGCGGUUUGGCGGACUGUAUGUAUCUCAACUCUACGGCUACCUCGGAGGCCGUAAAGGGGAAGCGGAGCGUCCCAACUGGAUUCGGACCGGGCUGUAGACCGGCUUCUGAGUACAUAAUGAACCGGAGGAAGGGUACGCCUCACCGGUCUCCGCUGCAUUGAUAUUAUAUGGUUAUACGACUUGUUUUUUACUACCAGCUAAGUCGUAAUUUAUGUGACACUCGACUCUUGAUAAUGGCAUUAUAGGGUCUUUUUUUUAUAUGCUUGAUAAUAGUAAUGCCAUUGAUUUUGAUUUAACAUGCAUGUAUCACUGGAAAGCCGAAUUGAUUUUUACUACUGUCUGUUAUAGAAUUAUAUGGUGAAAAGGACGUAUAUCUGGAUGAUUUAAGGCAUGUUAUUGAUUGAUAGAUAGCCUACUAGUAUAAAUUUAGCGGCUUUUGUUCCUUUUUGUUAGUUGGAUAUUUAUCGUUCGAUUGUACUCUCCC